UCAUAUCAUCCUUACAUAUACAUAUACAUAUAUAUAUAUAUGUUUCUAUAUUUCUAUUUCUCUCUCUUACUCACCCUCUCAGCCUGCUUCUGUUGUUGUUCAGUGAAAAACCCACACAAAAUCUAAUGCUGGCAUGAUUCGUGUGACUUCUGUUUCUUCUCUUCUCUUCUUCCUCACUCAGCACCAGUUUACGGAGUCCCGGAGUACCAAACACUAUCGUUUGUCUACGUCUAUCUGUGUCUUCUAUUCAACAACAUACCUAGCACUACUACGUUUAGUUUCUGGGGGCCAAAUUACCAGCCGAACUCAGUGAAAAUGACAGUGCGAUGAAAAACGACACGGAAGUGGCACUUCGCCUGCCGCAUCCAGCUCUCUGUCAGCUUGACUACCAUUAUUGCAAGGCCAGUGAUCUGCUCGCUGACACUACCAACACGAGCAACACCAGUGGUGGGUCUAACCACCGAGUUAUGAAGAGGAAGCUUCGUGACUUCGUAGACAGCUACAGAGAAGAAGAAUUUUACCUUGAACGUCCAGCACCGAAACGUGUCUCACCGUUUCUAAACACGCCCAAACAACGCAAGGACGAACGCAAGCGAAUUGUUCGUUUGUCCGUACAUAAACUGCGGGCAAUGGAAGACCCGGAGAACUUUCUACGGAAGUCCGUCCUAAUCAACAACGUGCUCCGUCGACUUCACCAGGAAAUCCGUGAAGAGAAACGAGGCAAUACACGUUUUAGUGGAAGUCUCGGCUUGGCAUCUGCGGGUUAUCCGUACUACAGACCUCGAAGAAUUGAUUACGAUAUGCUUGGUAACAGUUACUUGCCAACACCAGCUGCUUUUCUCUUUGAUGAGCCGUGUUUCCCGACUGAAACCGAAAAAAUUACUGAUGACAUGACUGACUCACUGGUACGAAGUCUUGAGGCCAGUACGCCUCCACCUUCGCCACCAUCGUCUCCAGCUGCAGUUAACCAUUUAACGACGACGGCAGCGGUGACAGGGGUGAAUAUCACCACCACCAGUCUUAUCACUCCUAUUACCGCCACUACUAGUACUACCACCACAACUGGUAGCAGUAGUACUACUACGACUAACAUUUCUAUUAUUUCUACUACUACUACUACUACUACUACUGUUACUACUUCUACCGCCACCCCAACUAACAAUACUGCGACGACGACGACGGGUGCAACUAAUACAACGUCGUCGAAUUCGCUGCCCGGUAACGUUAGUAUUAAUAAUCAUAUAUGUAGUAGUAGUAGUAGUAGUAGUAGUAGUAGUAGUAACGGCAGUAGCAACUUGUGUAUGAAUAACACUAAUACUAACAAUGACAAUAAUAACAAUUACAACAUUAUCAAUUUUAACACCUACAAUAACAACAACAUACACCACAACAACUUUAGUACUUCAAAUUUUCUAACCAGUAGCCAUGUUGGUUUUACAUCAUUUGCAACGACUCCACCUACCGGUUUACCGGAUUAUCGGAAUACCGGAAUAACUAGUGCCGGAAUUACGGUACAA